AUGGCAGCAAAACCUAUCUUUACUGCAUCCGAUGAUGUGUUUUUAAUGCAAAGAAACCUUCUCAAACCUGCUUUACACAGAAGAAGAUUGGUUUCAUCAUCUAUUUCACAGUCUGUAUCACUCUCCUCAUCCGAUUCCGGUUUAUCAGAGGACUCAGGAGUCGAUACGAAAGACUUUACUAUGAUACCUGAGUUUCUCGAGACUGCUGAGAUAUGGAACAAGUGGAAAGUAAUACAAGAGACAGAGCAGGAACAGGGAACAAUCUUCGAAGUCGAUUUUCUACAACAAGCUUUAGGACAUAUUCCUCGCCAGAAUUUCGAAGAUAGUUCCAGCGACUGGGAGGAGUACAUGAGGGGUUGGGGAAUUAGCGAGGAGCUUAUCGAUGCGAUAAUAGAUGUCGAAUUUACCGACGUAACCGACACUAUUGAGAUAAGGUACCUAAGUUUGGAAAGGAUCAAGAGAGAAAGUGAUCAGAGGACAAGGAAUAAUCAUACUUUCAAUCCUAGUAUAGCAAGUAUCGGGGUACCGCGAUACUCAAGAGUGCCGGGCCUUCAAACCUUAUUCAAAGCUAUCUCGACAGAUAGGUUGCGAUACAAGGAUGGUAAGAUUCAUGUUGGCUCUCUAGUGAGUGAAGCAGCGACUGACUUUCGAGGCUACGGCGCUGCACUCUGCUUUACACCUGACUACAAGGUUGCGGAUCGCUAUCGACGAUAUAUCAGAAGACGGAUCAACACGUCACCUCCGCUAAUAAUCCAAUUAGCCCUACCAAAUGCAUGGAUAGAGGGACUCCCCCCCCGAGCUGUGGAAUUCGGAGAUCUUUGGAAAAAAGUGGUACAUACCUGUCGCCAAGGCUACAAUAUGACUGGAGAAAUGAAAUUUAUUCACAAUUUGCCCCUCAUCAUUGCACCAAUUGCGCAUUCGCCCAAUAAAGCUAUCGCCAGACUUGAUACAUGGCAGGAAGUCAGUAUUCAGCACGUCAUGAAAAUAGAGGGACAGGAAACUCUACCAGUGCAAUACGUAUUUCAAGGAGACGACAACUUGGAAGAGAUCGGGCAAGUAGGCGAGCUAAAGGUGGUGACGUAA